AUGUCAGACAAACCAUCAGACCAAACUCCCAAACAACGUGGAAGAUCCUCUAGAUCGAGAUCUCCCCCAGCCGGGCCUGCCCCAGCUCGGGACCGGAGAGACCACCAACGGAAGCGCAAUACCGGAGGCACUCAACAUGGCCAACCGGCCCUUUCAAACUCGGAUCAACGACAGAUCCGCCGUUUGUUUGAGGCCCACCAAAGUGGAAGGAAGCCAGACUACAUGGAGCGCCUCUCCAAUGACCCGAGCACUCCUCACUUCAAUUGGAUGGCGCGCCAAACCAGUUCCGGCAGGCCAAACGCUUACCUGGCCAAGACAACAACCGACCGCGAGUCGUUGCUUGCCUUGGUCAACUCAAUCGAGAGGCUCGCCAUGGAAAGCAACACCCCGGUUGCCAAUGUGAGAAUUGAGUUUGUCCCACAGUUCUUUGUUGAAAAACAUCGCAACGAAGUUGAGGGCAUCAUCCAUGACCAGGAAGAGCCAAUCGCCAUCGACUACGACGAUCAACCGGCCGCUGAGGUUGCCAAAGGUCCCUCCGUCUCGGUUCCAGAUGUUGUCUGCGGCAACAAACUGUGUGGCAAAAAAGGUCACACAAUCGCCCAGUGUAUCAUUCCAGACCCCCAAACGGGUCUCGUGUAUGGUUGUCCAUUGUGCAACACAGACGAGCACCUCGUUGACUGGAGGUGCCCUGUGAAGCCCAUGCCUGCUCCAGGAACACAGUUGGACCCCAAGGUGAUCCAGGAGUACAUCGAGAGGCUUCUCGACGUAUGCUUUGUCAAAAGGGCCAACAGGCCCUUCUUCGCAACCAAUGGCAUGACCUGGCCUUCUCUUUUCCAAUCUUACCGGCACUUUGCGGAGGACAUCAAGACUUACGAGGAACUCAACAAGUCAUCCUGGGAUACAAGGGGCCACUAUCCAUGGACUCCAGAGUACGCCAUGCGCAUGGUUGACUCUGCGGAGAAAAUGGACGAGAUGAAGAAAUUUGACCCGACCACACAUACAUGUCGUAAUGUCGGCUGCUCUCACUUUCAUUCUCGGGACCCUGUAUACAACAAAUACAAGUCCUUGUCCGAGACCAUCGACGCGUUUUUCAAAGGAGAAUGGAAUGUUGCGACUGGUUGGAUCCCUACCACGCAUGUGGACCGACUUACCAGGUUGUCGUAUCUGGAAGCUCAAGCCCGUCGGCUAGUCGAAAGCGCCGAGUUCCUUGUCAAAGAGGAGCCUGGUGCUGAAGCACCACCGGCGCCUGUGAAGCCCGAGUCCUUCCCACCUCCCACCAUCGUGUCCAACGCUUCCAACUUGGUGCAAUAUGUGUGGAACGAACAAACACAGAACUUCGACGCUGGUGUCGAUUGGUCGUUCUCCAGCUUCGUCACCACCAGAGACAAGGCACCGAAGCUGCUCCGUCGGUGCGAUCCCGAGGCUGACUAUGCCAUCAACUAUGCAGCAUGGGUGUUUAAGCACCAACGGCCAGACAACGGGCCAGUUGGCGACUCUCUCGAGGAUUAG